AGAUCUCUCCUCAAGAUGUUUCCACAAACAGGAAAAUCAAUCGUGUUUGAUCACUUCCCCGAUCCCACGGACACCUGGGACAUCGUGGAGACCAUCGGGAAGGGGACCUACGGCAAGGUCUACAAGGUGCUCAACAAACAGGAUGGCAGCAAAGCAGCCGUGAAGAUACUGGAUCCCAUCCACGACAUCGAUGAGGAGAUCGAGGCGGAGUACAACAUCCUCAAGGCACUCUCAGACCACGCCAACGUGGUCAAGUUCUACGGCAUGUUCUACAAGAAGGACGCCAAGUGUGGAGACCAGCUGUGGCUGGUCCUAGAGACCAGCCAUCAUGGAAAGGCAGUCAGAACCGCAGAGCAAAACGACAGACAUGAGCGUAUCCACACAAAGAAAGGCAGCAGCAUGAAUUCCUUCACAGACGUGGAGGAGGUAGACGACCUAGCCACCCUCGAAGUUCUGGAUGAGAACACGGUGGCAGACAACCUGCAGGGCCGCUAUGCCAAGGACCAGAUCUACACGUAUGUGGGGGACAUCCUCAUCGCCGUCAACCCUUUCCACCCCAUGGACAUCUACACCCCUGAGUACUCCAAGAAGUACCUGGGGGCCGAACGCACGGCCAACCCUCCACACAUCUUCGCCGUGGCUGACAUCGCCUACCAGUCCGGGGUGUCCGACAGCACGGACCAGUGCAUCGUGAUCAGCGGCGAGAGCGGCGCCGGCAAGACGGAGAGCGCUCACCUGUUGGUCCAGCAGCUCACCUUUCUGGGGAAGGCCAAUAACCGGGAGCUGCAGGAGAAGAUCCUGCUGGUCAACAGCCUGGUGGAGGCGUUCGGCAACGCCACCACGGCCAUCAACGAUAACUCCAGCCGCUUCGGGAAGUACCUGGAGAUGAAGUUCACCAGCGGGGGGACGGUGGUGGGGGCCAAGAUCUCAGAGUACCUGCUGGAGAAGUCCAGGGUCAUCCAUCAGGCCGCAGGAGAAAGAAACUUCCACAUAUUUUACUACAUGUACGCGGGGCUGGCAGAAAGAAGAAAGCUUGCCCACUACAAGCUCUCCGACAGCAAAACACCCAAGUAUCUGUUCAACGAGCAUGUUAAAUUAGGACCUGACAUCGUCAGCAAUGCCUCUUACAAGGAGCAGUUUGAUGCGGUGGAGCAGUGUUUCAAAGUCAUCGGAUUCACCCUGGAGGAGCUGGGCAGUGUUUACAGCACCCUGGCCGCCAUCCUCAUCUCUGGCGACCUGGAGUUUGCCGCCGUGGCGUCAGAACACCAAACGGACAAGAGUGAGAUCUCAAACAUCCCCGUUCUGGAAAACGUGGCGUCGCUGCUGUGCAUCCGCUGCGAUGAGCUGCAGGAGGCGCUGACGUCGCACUGCGUUGUGGCGCGCGGUGAGACCAUCAUACGGCCCAACACGGUGGAGAAGGCCACGGAGGUGCGGGACGCCAUGGGCAAGGCGCUGUACGGACGCCUCUUCAGUUGGAUCGUCAACCGCAUCAACGCCCUGCUCAGCACCAACGAGCCCCUCAGCGAGGGGGACAACAGCCUCAACAUCGGGAUCCUUGACAUCUUCGGCUUUGAGAACUUCAAGAGGAACUCCUUCGAGCAGCUGUGCAUCAACAUCGCCAACGAGCAGAUCCAGUUCUACUUCAACCAGCACAUCUUCACCUGGGAGCAGGACGAGUACCUGAACGAGGAGGUGGACGUGCGGAUGAUCGAGUACGAAGACAACCGGCCCCUGCUGGACAUGUUCCUCCAGAAGCCCAUGGGCCUGCUGUCCCUGCUGGACGAGGAGAGCCGCUUCCCCCAGGCCACCGACCAGUCCCUCGUAGAGAAAUUUGAAGUUAAUCUGAAAUCCAAACACUUCUGGAGACCCAUGAGGGUGGACCUCGGCUUCGGGAUCAACCACUAUGCCGGAAAGGUGAUCUACAACGCCAGCGGGUUCCUGGCAAAGAACCGCGACAUGCUGCCAGCGGACAUCGUUCUGCUCCUUCGGUCUUCAGAGAACCUUCUCAUUAGCAAAUUGGUCACCCACCCCCUCACCAAAACAGGCAACCUGGCCCACACCAAGGGGAAAGGUGCUCUCCUGAUGCAAGCGCCCCGUACCCCGAACCGCACCAUGAACUUCACCAAGGGAGACUCAGGAGAAGCCACCCACCACCCGAGGGAGACCACCAACAUGAGGACCCAGACCGUCUCCUCCUAUUUCAGAUACUCUCUGAUGGACCUGCUCUCCAAGAUGGUGUCCGGCCAGCCCCACUUUGUGCGCUGUAUCAAGCCCAACAACGACCGCCAGGCCCACAGGUUUGACCAAGAGAAGGUCGUGGUCCAACUGCGCUACACCGGGGUUCUGGAAACUGCCAAGAUCCGUAGACAGGGCUACUCCCACCGAAUCCUCUUUGCCAAUUUCGUCACGAGGUACAGCAUCCUGGCGUUCCGUGCCAACGAAGAGCCAGCCGCCACUCCAGAGAGCUGCACUGCCAUCCUGGAGAAGGCCAAGCUGGAGAACUGGGCCAUGGGGAAGACUAAGGUGUUCCUCAAAUAUUUCCAUGUUGAACACCUAAACCUGGUGGUCCAGCGGGCCUCGAACCGGAUCGUUCUGGUCCAGGCUUGCGUCCGGGGCUGGCUGGGGGCCAAGAGGUACCAGAGAAUCCUGGCCAAGCGGGAGCAGAGCGCCCUGGUCCUGCAGUCUGCUUACCGAGGAUAUCAAGGUCGCAAGAAGGCUGUGGGCGCCAAAACCCAAGCCCAGCUGGAGGCCUUCAUUACCAAGUUUCAGGCGGUUUGCAGAGGCUACCUGGCAAAGAAGAAGUACAAGGCGCUCAUUGACGAGAAGAAUCUAGCAGCCACCAAGAUCCAGGCCCGGUACCGAGGGCAUCGGGACAGGAAGAGCUUACAACGGAAGAAGGAGGCCAAGGCAAAGGAGCAGGAAGAAGCAUCUCUCAAAGAAAAGGAGGAGGAGGAGCAGCAGAAGGAGGAGACGGCCGCGGAACAGAACGAGGACGCGGCGGGCGAAGAGGAACAGGCCAAAGCCGCCGUGGUCCUCCAGAGUAACUACCGCGGGUACAAAGAGAGGAAGAAGUUCAAGGGGCGCAAUAAGACCGCGGCCGGAGACGGGAUCGCCGGCGAGGGUCAGAGGGAGGGUUCAGCCGCCCUGGAGGUGCUGGCAGAGGGGAACGAUGGUGGCAAAAAGGAGGGGGAGGUAGAGGGCACCGAGGGAGAGACGGAUGGUGCAAAGGGAGCGGAGGAGGAGGAGGACGAGAACACUGUGGAGGCGGAGGACAAUGAGGACAGUGACCACACACAGGUGGCGGAGGAGGAGGAGGACGACGAGGUGAGUACCGUCGUGGGCGAGGAGGAGAUGGGGAAAGAGCAGUCGGCCGUGGAUGAGGAGGUGCCGAAGGAAGACGGGAGCGCUGAAGAGGGAGGUGACGUCAGCGUCGAGGAGGAGACCAAGGCGGCCACUGUCAUUCAGAGUAACUUCAGGGGCCACCGGGAGAGGAAGAGGCUGGAGGAGGAGGGAAAAAUCCCGGCCCGGAAGACAAAAGAGGAGAAGGCCCCGUCCGAAACGGGGGACGCCCCCAGCGAAGACGCAACCAAAGAAGAAGCCUCAACUGCGGCCAAAGAAGAAGAGGCGUCCACUCCAGUAGACGUCUCAGAGGUUGAUGUGCAGUUGGAGGACCCGGACGAGGCCAGGGCAGCAGUGGUCAUCCAGAGCAACUUCCGGGGCCACAAAGAACGCAAGAGGCUGCAGGAAGAAGGGAAACUACCCAAGAAGAACCAGACCUCAAACGGCGUUCCCCCAGCACCGGCAGAAGGGGAGACCACCGCACAGGAAGAGGAACUGCCUCCGCCUCCAGACUUUGCCGCAGAGUUCCAGGGGGGUGAAGACGAAGUGAAGGCCGCCACGGUCAUCCAAAGCAACUUCAGAGGCCAUCGGGAACGCAAGAAGAUGAAGGCAGAGAAAGAGACCAAGGGGCAAGAGGGCCAAGAGGCAGCUCUUUCACAAGGCCCUGAAGGAGAAGGAGUAACAAACGGCGAUAAGGGGGCCCAGCAGGACGCGAUUGACGUUACAGACGUGGAGCUCGAGUGUAAGAAGGAGGAAGACGCCGAGAAGGAGAGGCUGGAGGAGGAGCAGGCAGCCCUGACGAUCCAGAGGACCUACAGGGGGUACCAGGACCGGAAGGCCCAGAAGGCCACAAAGGAGUCUGUGCAGGAAGACGCCAAGGCUUUUGAGGCCUUCUCAAAAAGUGUUAGAAAGGCUUCUCAGGACUUUGCCAGUAUACAGGAGAAACUGAACGAGAUAAUCCUGAACCACCAGUCCACCGCUCAGGACAACGCGCUGUUCGUCAAACCCGGCUCCGCCAACGGCCUAAUCCACAAGAGCUACUCAUCAGUUCUGCCGAAAGGAUCAAGGACCCCCCGUCGAACUCAGCCUCCGAAGACCCUGAACACCCCCGAGGAGUCGACCUACUACAACCAGAUCCACCGGUCCGUGCAGGAUAGCAAGUCUCUUCCCACAAAGGACGGGCCAGAGAAGCUGCUGAAUGAGGAUGAGCCGUACCACCAGGGCCUGACCACCAGCCUGUCCUCCCCCUGCCUCCUCAGCAGCCAGGCCCAGGAGGAGGGCAGCAGCAGCAGCAGCAGCAGCAGCGCCGGCGGGCUGGAGCGGAGGCGCUCCAUGGAGAGGAAACAGUCCAUCAAGCGGAAGGCGGCGUUGGAGAGGAGUGUCUCCAUGGAGCAGGGAGCCGAACUGGACCAGAGGCGGGCCCGCGAACGGGCCGACUCAGAACCAGAACCUCCCACGGAGAACGGAAGGGACAAGAGGGGCUCCGUGAGCAGGAUGCCCUCCAUGGAGAGCAGCGCCGGGGGCAACCCCUUUGACUUCAGACACCUGCUGAGGAAGACCUCGCAGAGACAGCGGCUCAUCAAGCACCACUGA